AUGCCAGCAGACAUGAGAGGCCCUCACUACACCCCUACAGCGUAUCCUGCAAGGCAAGCGCUACUAUAUCUAUGGAAGACAGUUUUGAACUCUGGAUUCCACUACCCGUACUACGUUGGCCUCGAUGAUUACGGCAACACGACGCAGCAGUUGCUCGAGACUUUGGGGCCUCUUAACGACUCGGAGAUGAUGUCAGAUACUAUGUUGGGCCUGGCUACAGGAAGCCUAUGCCAAGAGCUACAACUACCGCUUGAAUAUUCAUUCAAUCCGGGAAUAUCACAUUUUGCGCCCUACCAUUCACACUGGCAGUUACUUCCAAUGCUGCCAGCAACGGCUCAUGACUCCCAGUCUACACUCACUAGUGGUGGACUCAAUGCCCAGCCGCAGCCCGAGUACAUGGCUUCGGGAGAAGCAGUGCAGUCUCGUAACACCGUCAGCUCUCAGCCGUUGAGUCUCUUGACGGUCUCCGAGCAAAUCACUCUGAACCGCAUUGCUGGAAGAUAUACACCACAAGACGGAGCUGACCUGUUGCCCAGUAUCCCAGGGUCAGCUGGCAUUGGAGGAACUACCAGGCCAGUUCGAAUCGACUACUUUGGACUGUAA